UUUGAAUUUUUGAAUGAGAAAUUAUCAAAUACUGAAGUAUUUUAAUUUCGUGUGAGCAAGGAAAAAAGAUAUAUAUUUAAUGACCAGUAUAUCCUUCUCUAAACCCGCGGCCGUCGUCCAAAAACCCUAUGGGAAGUUCGAACUUAAUUUCACUGACUGUAAACCUCAUUGGUUCACUGCAACUUCUUCAUGGCUGCCUCUCUAUCAGUUGUAGAAGAAUAAACAAUCAGACUACCAGAUAAUCCUCCCCAACUUUCCAAAUCCUAGGUAAAACACCAUAACUCGAUCCUUUUCAGCUUUUAAAAGUUUUAUCUUUUCUCUGGUCUCUCUACCUAGUUAUUGUCUAGUAGGCUUCAUUUUUGUUCAAACUAAUCAUGACCCAUUUUCAAAAUCUUGGGAAACCAUCUAUUCUCAAAUGGGUAUCUGUUUAUUUUGUUGAAAGCCAACUUAAAACCCCAUUUUUGGAAAUGGGUUCAUUGCACUUUGCUCAAAGGCAAAACCCUAGACUUUAUAGGACAAAAAGAUCAGUUGUAACUGAAAACUGUGAUGGCAAAGAGGUUGCCAAGUUCCCCCCUUCCACCUUGAAAGAGGCUCAAGCUGCGUUAUUGGAAUAUUUGCAUUCUACUAGGAGUAUUCCCUUUGUGGAUGCAGAGAAUAUGAGCAAAAACUCACCUCAUUUUUUACGAAAGCUUUUGGAAAAGGUUAAAAUUGUGAAUGAUGUUGGGAGUUCUAUGUCACGGUUUUUGCGUUACCAUCCCAUUAAUGAAUUUGAGCCCUUCUUUGAGAGUUUGGGAAUGAAACCUUGUGAGUAUACUCCUUUACUUCCUAGGGAUUUGAUGUUUUUGAGUGAUGAUUAUUUGUUGCUAGAGAACUAUAGGGUCUUGUGCGAAUAUGGGAUUGAACGAAGUAAGAUUGGUAACAUAUAUAAGAAAGCAGUUCAAGUGUUUCAACAUGAAUUCGGAGUUUUGCCAUUAAAGCUUCAAGCUUAUCAAGAACUGGGGCUUAGUCAGUCUUUUAUGACCAAGAUUGUUGUUUGUAGUCCUUGUCUUUUGAUUGGGGAUGUAGAUAUGAAGUUUAUUAAGGUAUUAGAGAUUUUGAGGAGUGCGGGAUUUGAUUAUGCUUGGAUUAAGGAGCAUUUGUCAGAGCAGGAUUCUUAUAAUUGGAGCAUGAUACUUCGUGUUCUGAACUUCUUUAGUAAGAUGGGUUGCAGCAGUGAGUUACAUGGGUUAAUCAGCCAGCAUCCAGGGCUUUUAUUUGAGGGCUCUGGUGAUAGAACACUUUCACUAAUCGCAUUCCUAUUGAAAUUUGGACUUCCAAUGGAUCAGAUAUCUUCUAUGUUUCUGCAGUUUCCAGAAAUCCAAGCUGGGCAAUUUGUUUCAAAUCUUAUCAAAUGUUUUCUGUUUCUUCAUGAGAUUGAGAUGGAACAAAAUGAGAUUGGGAAAAUUGUGUGCUCUUACCCCAUAUUACUUGGUUCAUCCAUGUUGAAGAAAACUAAUAGUUUGCUUAGUAACUUGAAUGUUGGAAAAAAGCGGCUUUGUAAAUACAUUCAGGAGAACCCCCAAGAAAUGGGUAAAUGGGGUUUGGGAACAAAAGUUGGGCCAUUACCAAGCUCAGAAGAGGACUUAGAGUCACAAAGGUUGAAGAUGAAGUUCUUUUUAAACUUGGGAUACGGACAAAACCCAAAAAGGAUGGAGAAAGCUGUCAAGACUUUUCGAGGCAGGGGAGGGGAGCUUCAAGAGAGAUUUGACUGUAUUGUGAAUGCUGGUUUGGAUAGGGAAGAUGUUUCUGAAAUGGUCAGUGUAUCCCCUCAAAUCCUAAAUCAAUCAAACGCUGUCAUCCAAUCUAAGAUUGAUAUUCUAGUGAACGAGUUGGGCUACCCUAUAUCCUCUUUAGUGUCAUUCCCCUCUUAUCUUUCCUACACAACACAGAGGGUUAGGCUUAGAUUGGCAAUGUAUAACUGGCUCAAAGAUCAUAAAAAGGUAGCGCCUGACCUGGCCUUGAGUACUAUAGUUGCAUGCACAGACAAAGUAUUUCUGAGCCAGUAUGUAAAUCAUCAUUCUAGUGGCCCUCAAGUUUUGCAGUAUCUGAAAACAUUUAGGCAUCCGUGUGCAUUACUCAUAACCAUUGACUUCAAAGUGAGGCCAUCAUGAUACGAAUGACUACUAUCAGUUGUAACUUUUUAUUUCUUCAUCAAUUGUUUAACAUAAGUAAAUUUCAGUGUUUAAGAUUAAAAUUUAUGUGAAUUUUGUGUAGGACAUGCAAACUUAUUAAGCAAAGCGUCUGAAAAUUUGUGAAUUUCGUGUUUAAUUGUUUGUAAAGAGGUUCUGAUUCUACAUACAUGUAUCAGA